CGGGGGGGCUGGGACGUGGGGAUGCCUGUACCCCGACAAGGAGUACUCGCUCGUGCCUGUCCGGCACAUCGUCGACUUCGUUUACGUGUCCCGGGGCCUCGCACUUGCGUCCAAGGCAUGUGCGGCCAUCGACAAGGCGUAUGGCUUGGCAGGGAACAGUACCCCCCUUUUCCCCCCUGCCAUUGCAGGCGCCAUGUCACUUUUCUUCCACGACGAGCUUCGCACCCCGUCCUGGACGCGGGCGCUCAGCCUGUACGACGAGCUCAACCUGAAGGUCCCCCGACCUCGCUCCAUCCUCCGGCCCGACCACGGGAUAACAGGCGCCUUCGACGCUUGGGCUGCGCUGGCUGUGGAGGCCCUUGCCUACAAUGACGAGGGAGACUGGGACGAGGCAUUGGAGGUGUUGCGCUCGAUGGCUGCUGCCACCCAGGACGGUCCUUUUGGCCAGGCACAUGAAGUGACGGAGAUGACGCAAAGCGCUUUCAAGACCACAAGGGGCUUCACGCGCUUCGCGGCUGACAAUGGUGGGAGCUUCGGGGAAGUGAUACUGCGUGGUGUCUUUGCCUACAAUCCCCCUUUUCUCGCGCCGGUGGAGGAGACAAAAGCCUUCAAAGGCCUCGAGCGGGCUAUCCAAGACGGAGGUCAAGGAGCAAGGGGAGGGCUGUUCGCGACACUGGAGGGCUUGCGGACACCGUGGGGGAUGGCGUCCUUGGAAAUAGGCGGCGGAGAAGAGGAGUCAGGCGGAGUGCAGAUAAAAGAUCUGAAAUCUUAUACAUAGCUGUAAAUUUGAGGUACUUGGGACACA